AUGGAAGAAAUCAAUAUAAAUCAAAUACUAAGCGAGAGGGGGAUUAAUUACACUCGCACUCAAAUACUUGAUAUUCAUGCAAAACAGUUAAAAAACGAAAUUAAUAGAAGAUGUAGGGAUUUUCAAUCUGUUGAUGAAUUGAUAAAUUUUUCUAAUUCAGAUGAAAAUAAAAAUGACUUGAAUAGCUUGUUUUCAAGUUUUGAUCAUAGAAAUGGUUAUUUGCCGCAUAUUUAUUGUGCUACACUAGGAUUAAAAAAUGGCUUUAUUGACCCAAAAUUGCAAGGUGACUUGUAUCAAUCUAUUUUAAAAUGUGUUAAUCAAGGAUAUAUAUCCAGUAAUAUUGGGAUUGUGAAAAUUUUAGACCAUUCUCAUCCUGUUAGAUUAGCCACUCCGAUUGACAAAACCUGCUAUAGUCUUGUGUGGUGUAAAAAAGACUUAUCUGAAAUACAUGAUACUCCUGUAGUAUUAGGGGAGUAUACUGGGGAUGUGAAGUACGUUGGGGAUGACGAGAUUAUUGAUGAGUCGUAUUCAUUCCAACUUACAUUUAAAAGUUCAGCAUUUAAAUUUGCCGGCGUGGUUAAAUCAAGUAAUCAACUUUCAGAUGAAUUUUCAACAAAUAUUACAAACAAAUUAGCUGAUAAACCAACUUAUUCUUUUGAUGGGUUUGAAUAUAUUGAAACCAACGAAAAUUCAAAUUCCCAAAAUAAAUCUUUUUUUUUCUCAAAGCCAUUCGCUCAAAACCAAAAUGAAUUACAUUUUACUGAUGGUAACAUUAAAAAAAUUGGUGCUAGGCUCUUGCUUCCAAAUGACAAUGAAUAUAUAUUAUCAGCGGAUAAAGCUUGUAAUGAAAUGGCAUUUCUCAAUCAUUAUGAGUGUGUAUUUAAUAAUAAUUUUAACUUCAGAAUAAAUGUUCAAUGGCACUCUGUUUAUAUAGAUGGUUGGCCACAUGUUAUUUUAACUUCCAUUCCCGGUGUUGGAAUUAAAUUAGGUGAUGAGCUUGCUGCAGAUUUUGGUGAAAACUGGUUUUCCAGGAUUAGAAGUAUCUCUGAAAAUAAUAUUAGAAGUGAGUUAAUUUUAUGGAGAUUAAGGUUUAACACAAAUAAUAGCCAAAGUAAAGAAUACGAUUCGAUGUUAAAUGAGAAUACACCAUUUAAAGGAGUUGAAUUAAAAGACUCUUUAUCAAAUUGCGGAAUUAAUGGACUUAUAAAUUCAUAUGACAUCUGCGAAAUUUGUCAAAACUUGAUAUCUUUUCCAAUAAAAGGUUCUUAUAAACUAAAAAGUGAAAAUAAAGGUUUAUCUUUGAACUCAAAAUAUGAUUACUUACUUUGUAAUGGGUGUAACCGGGCAUAUCAUUGGUACUGCAUAAAUAGACCUGAAUUAAAAGAUCUUAAAACCAGCUCAAAAAAUUGGUUUUGCUUUCAAUGCCUUUCGUUAACUUUAAGAGUUCUUCCAUCCUUGGCUUAUAGAGUUCCUAAUAUAACUCUUGAACUAAUAAACUCUAUUCAAAAUACUUAUAAUUCUACUGAAGAUUUGAUUCCUGGCGUAAUUGAUGCAAUGGGAAAUGUCAUUUUAAGGUCGACAGAUGAAGUUAUUACAGAAAACUCGAAAACCAUUGCUUUCAGACCUCCAGAGCAUUUCAGUCAUAAUUUAAGAUAUUUUAAUGAGUAUGGAGGUCUUGAGGGCCUUACAAGACUCAAACCUUGUUAUUUGUGCUAUUCUUCAUCAGUUAUUUCGAAUCAUACAGUUGGUAUUGCAACAAUUUGCAGAAUCCACAGGCUUCAUAUUGCUCCGGACUAUGAUGAGUUUUUUAACUCAGUUCAGUAUAGCUGUAAUUCUGAUAACAACCAACUAAUAGACAACAAUUCUCUUUAUUUAUCAUUGGUAACAGAUGAUCAAGGUAAACGAAAGUAUGCGGUAUCCUCGCAAAGCCAAACAGAAGAUAUUUUAAGGCCUCACUUAAAGAAACUUUCUGGUUCAAGAUAUAUUGUUGAAAGAAGUAGGAGAAUCAUUUGUUUUCUUAGGCAAUCUCUCUAUCAAUCAGAAAAACAUAGAAUGGACUUGCUAUAUAAACUUGAGGAAUUAAGAAAAAUUCAGGAUGGGUAUUUCAGAACCAUUACUGAAGGAAGCGGUAUGAUCCCGAUAUUAUGUAUUAAACUUGGAAGUACAAUAUUGAAUAAGGAGUUUUCUGGUAAGCUUUAUCAAGGAAUUGUAUCAAGGUACUACCCAAAAGAGAGAAUAUUUCAUAUAGAGUAUCUUGAUGGAGACCGCGAAGAUUUAGAGUAUUCUGAUUUUAUUUCAUUAUUAAUUAAUGAUAUUAAGAAUCAUAGAACAGAUAUUGAAGACUUAUUAAUUAAUGAUAACCCCAUAGAAAGUUGUAAACAAACAUUCGAGAAAUCUCUGAUAUAUGAUAAUUCCCAAAGGUGCUCAAUAUUCGGAUUAUCUGAAGAAUUACACAAAUACGAAAGUUUUGAUUUUGGCAUGAUUAAAAUAAAAAAUGACAAUCUUUUAAAUAUAAAUUAUGAAAAAAUCAGUGGCAAUUCAAUUAUUGACAGAGUUAAAUUGAUCCACAAAUUUAUUAUUCAAGAAUGUAAAAUAGGUCGAGCCAGUGAAAGUGCCAUAUUACUUAGAGAAACCCCAAAAUAUGAAUAUAUUGAUAAGCCUGAAUGGAAUAAUAUUUAUGGAUCACUCAAAAUUGAAUCAAAUUUGAUAAGGUAUUUUAUUAGUGUGAAUAUUUCUCGAAUUAGCUACAAAACAACCACAUUUAAUAUUAUUUCCAAAAUUUAUAUGGGGAAUGUUGCUUUAAUUAAAACCAUACCUAUAACUAUGAAUAAUGACUUUGUUGUUUAUAAAGGUGAUUUAGUUGAUUCUAUUGAUGUAAGUUCUGAAAUAUUGAAUAUUAUUAAAUUUUCAGCAGUAGAAAUUCUUGUCUGGACCCAGAAUCGCUUGAGUGAGAUUUCUAUUAUAGAAACAAGUUUACAGAAUAUUAGUGAUGAUGGCACAUUUAAACAAAUAGAUAGGCAUGAGAAUAUCACCAAUGAGCAAAAUUCCCAAGAUGAUUUAAGUGACUCAUUAAUUUUGGAUUAUAACACGAAACUUGUGGAAGAAAAUUGGUUGCAGAAGGCCAAUUUGAUUGCUCAAACACUUCAGCCAUAUCCAAAUGGAAUUAAGUGGAUUAAUGAAACACAUUCAUGGAAAGUCGUUUAUUUAAAUGAAUCAGGACAGAAAAUCUCUAAGUUUUUUAAAACAAUACCAUUUGAUGAGAAUGCAACAGUCGAAUCAUUGUAUUUAAGAGCAUGCAAAUUCGUUUCUGUUUCUCAGACAAAUAACAAAGUGAUUAAAAUGCUUAGUACUCGUAGAAAACUUACAAAAAUUACCAAUGAAAUAUCUAAUCCACUGGAUAAAUUUAUUUUUAAUGAGUGGGGGAACACUAUUGAGGACUUUUUGGCCAGAUAUAAUUUAAAUAAUCCGGAUAGAACUGUUUAUUCGAUCAAUGAUUUUAACAAUGAAAUUAAUUCAUUGAGGCCUUUUCCUGAUAAUUUAGAUUGGUGUAAUUCUACGUUUUCUUUCAUAGUAAUUUUGCCUAAUAAAGAAAGAAAGUCAUUUCAGCUUGAUAAGUUUGAAUUCAAUAUUGUAAAUUGCUAUUCAUCGGCGUACAAUUUGGCUAUUGGGAACAUAAAUCUUGAUAAAGAAUUUUACAGUAGAAAAAUUAGGAAAUACAACUCCAGAGUAAAGAGUAAUACCAACUCUAUUCAAAUAAAAAAGCAAAUAUCCAAAAGGCAGUUAGUAAAUAAACAAGAGAAUUCUUUGGAGACAAAAAAAGAAACAUCUGUAAAUAAAUCAAAAAAAAAACAAAAAAAUUCAAAUGACAUGAAAGAAUUCACAAACGAACCAAGUUAUCAAACUUGUUCAUAUAAAGAUCAAACUGCGGAAUUAAAUGUUUCAAACGAAGAAAAUUCUCAUAUUUAUUGUGAAUCAAAACUUGAGACUAGUGAGCUUGCAAAUGAGCAUCCGAAGGUAAACUCUCUUAAUGAUGCACUUAAUUCAAAUGAUACUCAUCUUUCUUUUCGAACAAAAAAUAAUAGAAAAUGCAGAACAAUCAUAAGGGCAUUACCCGCACCAUCCGAUCCAUUAAGUAGGGCUAGAAUAAUUGAAUAUAGUAAAAAAGCGGAUGAGUUGAGACCUUUUCCACACGGAAUAACUUGGUGUUACCGUUCUGCAAGAUUUAAAGUAAGAUACAGGAGAUCAAAUGACGGUUGUUGGACAGCAACGUCGUUUACCCCAACUAAAUUUAAUUCUGUAAAAGAGGCAUUUGAGAGCGCAGUAGAUAAAUUGGCUGCUCACAUAGACGACUAUAAAAACAGCAAUGUAAUUCCUAUUAUUCCGAAAAAAAAUCUCUCAGGAAUUGAUUCUUAA